UUCCUGUAUUUGAAAUUUUUAUUGCUAUGGGCAUUAAUGCUACUGGCUGAUUUUAUUGUGGAAUUUAGAUUUGAAUAUUUAUGGCCAUUCUGGUUGUUAUUGAGAAGUGUUUAUGACUCUUUUAAAUAUCAGGGAUUGGCGUUUUCUAUAUUUUUUGUCAUUAUUGCUGUGACAUCCGACAUGAUCUGUUAUCUAUUUAUCCCAGUACAUUGGCUCUUUUUUGCAGCGAGUACCUAUGUUUGGGUACAGUACGUUUGGCAUACAGAUAGAGGCGUUUGUCUCCCAACUGUAUCUCUAUGGUUGCUAUUUGUAUAUAUAGAAGCGUCUGUGCGACUUAAAGAAUUGAAAAAUAUGCCAUUUCAUGUGGAUUUGUGUAGACCUUUUGCAGCACAUUGCAUUGGUUAUCCUGUUGUAACCUUAGGGUUUGGUUUUAAAAGUUACGUUGGAUAUAGAUUAAGGCUGAGAAAGCAGAAAGAAGUUUGCAAAGAGAAUGAAUUUUAUAUGCAACUUUUACAGCAAGCAUUACCAAAUGAAUCUAGUAAUUCCACAACAACAAAUUCUCCAGAUAAAGCAUCUAUAAAAGUAACAGAGGAAAUUGUUGCUAAUGGUGUAGGUGUCGUUCAUGAAAAGUUAUCCAAUAACGACAGCAGUGGAAGAAAUUUGGUUAUGGCUCUUCAGAAUGUUUUAUUUAAUAAUCCAUCCUUGUCUGAAUUUAGUUUACAGGAUGUCAAAAAGCAUAUUACGUGUCACACUAUGGACAAACCUGAUUUUGAAUAUAUAGAGAGUCAUGUCGUGCAGAGAUCAACGAACAUCAACGAUUACGACGAAAACGACGAGAACAAUAAGCGCGACAAGACCUCUUUUAAAACUAAUAACUGUAUAGCUAUAUGUCAGACGUCUUCUUCAAAAGGAUCGGGGAAGUGUAACAGCCUGAAAGAUAACGUUCAGCAUUCAAAUAGUGGAAAAAGAAAUAAGAAUAAUUCGAAGGACGUGACUGUUAAUAAUAAUUUAAACCAAAAAGAUGAUCACAUGUCUAGAUUAGAAGCGGACAUUAAACGUUUGAGUGCAGAUUUACAAACAAGUCAGCAGUGCGAGCAAGAAUUAAGGGUUCAGAUUCACUCUCUUGUUAUGGGAGAGCGUUCUGUUAAGAAUGAAUUAGCCCAACUUCAGCGUGAUAAUGAAAACCUUCAGAAUAAAUUACAUAAUCUGGUGACGGCCAGACAGCAAGACAAACAUACAAUUGGUCAGUUAGAGAAAAAACUUCAAGAAGAGAAAAAAGCUAGAAAUUUAUUAGACAAUCAGUUGAAUGCAGAAAGGAAGAAUAAGAAAGAGGCUUCCAUGAUAACUGUCAGGUCGGGAGAAUGCACAGAAAAUUGCAAGAUGAGACAGAGAGAGAUAGAAUCCGAUAUCAAACAGUUAAGACGAGAGCUUAAGUUGUGCGAAGAGAAACUGCAACAGACAGAAAGAGAAACAGAACUUUUACGCAAAUAUAAAGAUUCUCACGGUGAAACAGAAGUGUUGAUGUCCGCCCUGUGUGCCAUGCAAGACAAAAAUGUUCAUCUGGAAACAAGUCUGAGUGCAGAGACACGUUUAAAACUUGAUCUCUUCUCUGCACUCGGGGAAGUUAAACGUCAGCUCGAAAUAGCACAAGUACUUCUCAUGCAGAGAGAUAAAGAGAUAGACGAGCUGAAAUCUAAGAUUGCAGAAGUGAUGGCGGUCAUGCCCGUCACGGCAUCUCCGCCUUACUCGUCUUCCGAGUCUAGUCUGGUAUCGUCUGUUCUCUCCGAAAACAACUUCGAACGACAUUUCUUCAUACAGUCUUAACAAAACAAUUUAUACUUCUAACAUGGUUUUUUCGGACCCGUGACCGUGAAAGGCGAGAUUCUCACUCUCGUCGAAGUGCCAUGCGUUUUCGGUUAAUUAUGAAAAGUGCAAGAUGCACUUGUUAUGCACAUUGAUUUUUUAGUAAAGUUUAAGUUGCAUUUUACCACACUUUCACAAAACAUACAAACAAAAAAAAACUAAUGUUGGUGAUUUUAUUACUGCUUUAACUGUUGUUUUCUCCUCGCUUUAUUCAUCCUUGAAAGGAUGUUUAUGUUGUACAUUUCUGGCUAAUUUCAAAUUAGCUGUUAUAUAUAUAUAUAUAUAUUAUACAUAAUAUGUAUAUUGUCAUGUUUUUAUUUUUUAUGCCAAAUGUUUUAGAAAAGUAAUUUUAAGUUUUAAAAAAAAAAAUUCUUUUAGAUCUCUUAUGUUUAGCAAUCUAUAUGCUAUUUGACCUCAAAAACAUAUAUAUAAAAAUAUUUUUUAUGUUGAUUAAUGUCAUUUAAUGAAAAUUCAUGCACAUGUCGUAAAAACAAUUUCCAUGGCAAAAUUAAAUUUGGUACUAAAAACUUUAAUUUCCUUGCCUAUACAAUGAAUAAAAUGUUUCAAGCAUUUGA